AUGGAGAGGAAGAGAUAUAACGUUUUACCACAACUUUAUAUUCUAUUGAUUCUAACUUUCACAAGUAUCUUUGACACCACUUCUGCAAAUGCCAACCAAGCAGAAACAUAUAUUGUCAACUUAGAAUCUCCUAAUGGCAUAGUGUUUGCUAAACCAGAAGACCUACAAAGUUGGUACCAUUCUUUUUUAUCAUCAAGCAGUAUCGGAUCGAAUAAAAAACCGAGCAUCCUCCAUGCAUAUCACAAUGUGUUCAUGGGGUUUGCAGCCAAGCUGUCUGCAGAUCAAGUAAAAGCAAUGGAAAGUAUAGAUGGAUUCGUAUCUGCAAGACCUGAAAGAAUUUACAAGCUCCAUACAACACAUACUCCCAGAUUCUUGGGGUUACACCAAAAUUUCGGAUUCUGGAGAGGAUCAAACUACGGAAAGGGAAUCAUAAUCGGGGUUCUAGACACUGGAAUCACACCGGGUCAUCCUUCUUUUGAUGACAAAGGAGUCCCUCCUCCCCCUCAAAAAUGGAAAGGUAAAUGUGAAGUUGCAGGGUGUAACAACAAGUUAAUUGGAGCAAGGGAUUUUACUGAUAGUGCUUCCGGUUCACCUCUUGAUAAUGAGGGACAUGGGACCCACACUUCUAGUACUGCUGCUGGAAACUUUGUGGAUGGUGCUAAUGUAUUUGGAAUGGCUAAAGGCACUGCAGUGGGAAUGGCACCCCUUGCUCACGUGGCCAUGUAUAGAGUGUGUGAUGAUUUUGUUUGUUCUGAAAGUAACAUCUUAGCAGCCAUGGAUGCAGCCAUUGAAGAAGGAGUAGAUGUGCUUUCACUCUCACUUGGUGGAGCUUCUGUUCCAUUUUAUGAAGAUGGUAUUGCGGUUGGUGCAUUUAGUGCUAUUCAAAAAGGAAUCUUUGUAAGCUGUUCAGCUGGAAACUCCGGGCCUUUCAAUUCAACUUUGUCAAACGAAGCUCCAUGGAUUCUCACAGUUGGUGCUAGUACCAUUGAUAGAAACAUUAGAGCAACAGUUCAUCUUGGAAACAAGGCUUUGUUUAAUGGAGAAUCUUUAUUUCAACCACAAGAUUUCCCUCAAAACUUUUUGCCUCUGGUUUACCCAGGUUUGACCGGUGGUCAACAGGCAGCAUGGUGUGCGAAAGGAUCAUUAACCAACAUUGAUGUGAAAGGAAAGGUAGUGAUAUGUGAUAGAGGUGGUGGCAUAGCAAGAAUUGAGAAAGGACAAAUAGUAAAAGAGGCAGGAGGAGCUGCCAUGAUUCUACAUAAUCAAGUCACAGAUGGGGUUUCCACAGUAGCAGAUGCUCAUGUUCUUCCUGCAUCACAUGUUGGUUAUGAAUCCGGUGUCUCAAUCAAGACAUAUUUGAUUUCAACCCCAUCUCCUGUUGCUACAAUCACAUUUCAUGGAACUGUAAUUGGGAAUAAAACAGCUCCCGAGGUGGCAUCUUUCUCAUCCAGAGGGCCAAACAUGGCAAGCCCGGGUAUCAUUAAGCCGGACAUUAUCGCCCCUGGAGUUAGCCUUCUUGCAGCCUGGCCAGUGUCUGUUGAAAACAGCGCACACACAAAAUCAACAUUUAACAUGAUUUCAGGCACAUCAAUGGCAUGCCCUCAUCUUGCUGGGAUAUCAGCAUUGUUGAAGAGCGAACAUCCUGAUUGGUCUCCUGCAGCUAUUAAGUCAGCAAUCAUGACAUCAGCAGGUCAGGUAAACCUAAAUGGUGACCCAAUCGAGGAUGAGAGAGAGCUCCCUGCUGACAUCUAUGCCAUAGGUUCUGGGCAUGUCAACCCGUCAAAAGCUAAUGAUCCAGGGUUGAUUUUUGAUAUAAAACCGGAUGAUUACAUACCUUAUUUGUGUGGUUUAGGAUAUACAAGCAAGCAAGUUGGAAUCAUCGUGAAGAAAACAGUUACUUGCUCAGAAGGAAUAGAAGAAGCAGAACUUAACUAUCCUUCCUUCGCUGUUACUCUUGGAGUUGAUGAUGGAAAAGCCUUCGAGAGGACAGUAACUAAUGUUGGUGAAGCUAAUUCAAAUUACACCAUAAAAAGUUUUUCUAUUCCAGGUGGUAUGUUUUUAGGUAUUAGCACUACGGAGCUCAAAUUCACUGAAUUGAACCAAAGUUUGACAUAUCAAACGUUCUUCCUACGGAAUAGAGAUUUUGAGGUCACAACUCCAUAUGCGGAAGGAUAUAUAACUUGGGGUUUUGGUAAAUACUCGGUCAGAAUUCCAUUUUCUAUCAAGUUUGUCUGA